AGAUGUCUUUUUCAAAAUUUUCGGAGAGUGACGUUUUUGAAACUUAUCGAGCCGCAUUUUCUAUUCCUAUUGAUUGGAGUUCGAUUUUUGAAGAUGAAAUUUAUCAAUGGCUUUCGAUAUUUGAAAAAGGAAAGAAUUGUAAUUUGAGUCUCACAAUCCCAGCACUGCUUGGCCUAACUGCAUCGCUUUCCGGACCAAACACUCGUAUAAAGGGGCACGGGAAUGGAUUUUCUACCUCUACGAACCUUUAUCUCUUGGCAGUUUGUGAUCCUGGCGGUGGAAAAUCAAUUACUUUUGAAAACGUUAUAGAACCAGUGUUGUCUCAUAUUUUCGAAAAAACUGGAAUUAGAAUCGGAAACGAAUCAUAUACAUCGGCGGGUUUGCAGAGACACCAGAUUGCGUCGAAAGGGACAGGUAUAAUUACAUCUGAUGAGGGUCACCGAUUCUUGGCAUCCGUCAAUGCCAAACAGGCGAAGGGAGAGGCAGAAAGAUCGUACCUUUGUAAGAUGUGGAGUGGCAAAGGAGAUUAUGUUGAACUGUCAACGGGAAGUAGGGGAUUUCAAAAGACUUCAAUGUCAAUGUGUAUAUACAUUCAGCCUCAUCCGUUAAUGUCAGAAUUGUCUAACUUUAGUGGGGCUGAUGGAUUUAUGGACAGAAUCUUAUUAGUAGUCUCUAGGCCAGUAUUAUUUCCAACUGCAAUUGUCAAAGAGAAUUAUGAAUUAUUGAGGGAAACCGGAAUGGAAAGUGUUAAAGAUACAUUUUAUUACAUGUAUUUGAGCCUCAAGGAAGGGGUGGAAUAUACCCUAUCGGAGGAUGCUCAGAGUGAAUAUGACGGGAUGGUGGAUUCCUAUGCAGAAUUACUAGAUGAGAAAUAUCAGAUGCAUCUGGAUGAAGACGAAAAUAAGGAAAAUGUAAAUGACAUAGACAUUGCCUGCACUCAAACGAACCUGUGCAUGUCCACCAGUAAAGACACCAUACACGUAUUGAGGUUGGCAGCAGCCAUACACAUUCUCUCUGAGUUCCUUAAAGCAACUCUAAUGAAGGUCCUUGAUUUGAACUGGAAAGUCGAGGACGUCAUAUCACUUGCUUGCCUGAGGAGAGCGAGACUGCUUUACAGCUGCCUUGCGAGACAGAAAUCAAUAUUUGCCCAGGUAAUUGUAAUUUAA